AUGCGGGUGACCUGCGAGCGGCCCCUCGGCGAGGAGGGACGUGGGCAGCGGCGGCGGGUUAGAGCAGGGGCGCGGGGAGGCCCCUGCUGCGCCGAGGGUGAGGACCAAGAUGAUUUGCAUUGUCAGGAUACUGACUCGGAUGUGUCAGAACAGCGGGACAGCAGGUGCAAAGUCAAAUGGACACAGGAGGAGGAUGAGCAGCUGAAGAUGCUAGUGAGACAUUAUGGGCAGAAUGACUGGAAGUUCCUGGCCAGUCACUUUCCUAAUCACAGCGAUCAGCAGUGUCAGUACCGGUGGCUGAGGGUGUUGAAUCCAGACUUGGUUAAGGGCCCUUGGACCAAAGAGGAAGACCAGAAGGUAAUUGAACUGGUUAAAAAAUAUGGCACCAAGCAGUGGACUCUGAUAGCCAAGCACCUGAAAGGGCGGUUAGGAAAGCAGUGCCGGGAACGCUGGCAUAACCACCUGAAUCCAGAGGUGAAGAAGUCCUCAUGGACGGAGGAGGAGGAUCGCAUCAUUUUUGAGGCUCACAAGGUCCUGGGGAAUCGCUGGGCUGAGAUUGCCAAGCUGCUGCCUGGGAGGACUGACAAUGCUGUGAAGAACCACUGGAACUCCACCAUCAAGCGGAAGGUGGACACGGGAGGCUUCCUCAGUGAAGCAAAGGAGUCCAAGUCGCUGUACUUGCUAGUGGAGGUGGACGGCAAGGAGGGCCAGAGUCAAAUGAGAGCUGAGUGCCAGAAUGUCCUGCCAAACUGGCCAGUUGAUAUCUCUGAAAUAAAAGAAGAGGAUGCCAGCGAUGAGGAAGUGACAGGCGUGCAAGAGUUACCCUCGGAGCUACCAGCUGCUGAACUGGCGGAGCAUAACACUGAGGGGACUCCAGAUGACGUGUUGCCUGAGGAUGCCUCAACAUAUGUCACGUCACCGUACAAAUGGGUUGUCGAAGCUGCCAAUUAUUUAUGUCCCACAUCGGUGCCGGCCUUCAAUGAAGCUCUGGACAUGAUAGAAUCUGACCCAGAUGGGUGGUGCGAUCUGACCCAAUUUGACCUGCCUGAGGAUCCUUCUGCUGGCAGCAGCAGUAGCAGCAACAGUCCUGUGAGGCAAACGCCCAGCAAGCCAGCCUCAUCGCUAUCCAAUGUAACCGAGUACCGCCUGGACGGCCACACCAUCUCUGACCUAAGCAAGAGCAGCAAGGGAGAGCUCAUCCCUAUCUCCCCGCAUGCGGAGGUGAGCUUUGGCACACCACCCUCCAUGCUGAAGAGGCAGAAGAAGAGGAAGAUCUCCCUCUCUCCUGUUACAGAGAACGCCACCAGCACCAGCCUUUCCUUCCUUGACUCCUGCAACAGCAUGACACCCAAGAGCACCCCUGUGAAGACAUUACCUUUCUCCCCAUCCCAGUUCUUAAACUUCUGGACCAAACAAGAUACGCUGGAACUGGAGAACCCGUCUCUGACCUCCACGCCUGUGUGCAGUCAAAAGGUGAUUGUUACGACCCCUCUGCACAGGGACAAGACCCCGCUGCUCCAGAAAAACUCGGCGUUUGUCACACCAGAUCAGAAGUAUGUGGUGGACAACACUCCUCAUACCCCUACACCUUUCAAAAACGCCUUGGAGAAAUAUGGACCAAUUAGGCCCCUGCCCCAGACCCCUCACCUGGAAGAAGACUUGAAAGAGGUGCUCCGAAGUGAAGCUGGCAUCGAAUUGAUCAUAGAGGAUGAUGUAAAGCCUGAGAAACAGAAAAGGAAACAAGGGCUGCGCAGGAGUCCCAUCAAGAAGGUCCGGAAGUCUCUGGCCCUGGAUAUUGUGGAUGAAGAUACAAAGCAAAAUAUGCCUGCCCUCCCCAAGACAAUCUGUUUCAAAAGAGCCCAGCCGGUGAAUUUCCUGUCGAGGUCCCUGAACCUUUCCUCCUCGAGUAGGAAGAACGACAGCGGUUUGCUCAACAGAGCCUUUGUGCAAGUGCAGCCAGAGAAAAUGUCCUACAGGAAAAUGCCAAGCCAUUUCAGACCACCAGCACCGAUGACCAGGGCUUGGAAAGCUGUGGCCUGUGGUGGAACCCAAGACCAACUCUUCAUGCAAGAGAAAGCUCGACAGUUCUUGGGCAUGUUGAAACAGAGUCACACAUCAAGGACCUUAAUCUUAUCAUGAAGGAUUAUUCUGCUUUUUUAAAAUCUAUUUUUAUUAAACUUUUGUAAGUGGAGGGGAGGGAACCACACAGGAAAAAAUAACCUCUGCAAGGCCAUAGUGUUGGAGCAUCUUUUCUUUUUUUUUUUCCCCCCCCCGCCUCCCUCUGUUU